GCCACCCUACGAGUGUCUAUUUUCCGAAUGCUCAUUCUCGUUUAAAAUCGCAAGCGAAGAACAUCGUGUCUUUUGGAAAAAAUAAAAAAAGUGUCAGAAAGAAAUAUUUUUAAGUGAAUAAAGAUAUUAAAUAGUGUAAAAUAAAUUUUAAAAACCUUGAAAAUGACCAACCAAAACGAUAGCAACAACCAAAAUGAUAACCAACAAAAUGGCAAUAACGAUAAUUAUGAUGAUGAGCCAAUUACCGAGCCAGAGCAUAUGCGUAAAUUAUUCAUUGGUGGCUUAGACUACCGCACCACCGAUGAAGGCUUGAAGUCUCACUUUGAGAAAUGGGGUCGCAUUGUCGAUGUUGUUGUAAUGAAAGACCCACGUACCAAACGUUCACGUGGUUUUGGUUUUAUAACCUAUUCCAAAUCCUCCAUGAUUGAUGAUGCCCAAAGUGCUCGUCCCCAUAAAAUCGAUGGUCGUGUUGUAGAGCCCAAACGUGCUGUACCACGUCAAGACAUUGACAAUCCAAAUGCUGGAGCCACUGUUAAGAAAUUGUUUGUCGGCGCUCUUAAGGACGAACAUGAUGAGAAGUGUUUGCGCGAUUACUUUGAAAAGUUCGGCAAUAUUGUUGAAAUCAAUAUUGUUAUGGACAAAGAGACUGGCAAAAAACGUGGUUUUGCCUUCGUUGAAUUUGAUGACUACGAUCCCGUCGACAAGAUAGUGUUGGAAAAAACUCACACCAUCAAGGGUAAAACUUUGGAUGUGAAGAAAGCUUUGCCCAAACAUAGCGGUGGUGGUGGCGGUAACAAUGCCGGCCCCGGUGGCAACCGUGGCGGUAAUAUGGGACGUGGUGGAAACAUGGGCGGACGUGGUAAUAAUAUGGGCGGUGGUAAUAUGGGUGGCGGUUGGGGUGGUAACCGUGGUAAUAAUGAUAACUGGGGCGGUAACUUUGGUGGCAGCGGUGGUGGUUUCAAUAACGGUGGCGGUUUUAACAAUGGCGGUAGUGGCGGUUGGGGCGGUAAUAAUAUGGGUCCCUGGGAUAAUGGCAACAGCGGUGGCGGCAACUGGGGCAAUAAUGGCGGUAACUUUGGCGGUCCUGGCAACAAUGGUCCCGGAAACAGUGGAAACUGGGGCAACAAUGAUUUCGGCUCAGGCUACCAACAAAAUUACGGUGGUGGCCCACAACGUGGUGGCAGCGGUGGCAACUUUGGUUCCAGUAACCGCAUGCAACCCUAUGGCAACAGUGGAAACUUUGGCAAAGGCAACCAAGGUAAUUUCGGUAACAGCGGCGGUGGAUUCAAUAAUGGACCCAUAGGUGCCGGUGGUGGCAACAACAGAAGAUACUAAGGUAUUAAAAGGUUUGUGUGCCAGGUCCAAAAAAUAUGCAUAUAAUUAAAAAAAUACAUUCAAACUCAAGUAAAACAGCAAACAGAAAAUUUUACAGUUUACCUACCUAUCUACCAAGUUUUUAAACAUUAACAGAGAACAGUUACACUGAGAAUAGUCAAACAAAAAGGUCGUCCUUCCUUCUCUAUUUUCUUCCUUCCAAUACCAAUACCAUAAACAGAAAAUAUUUGUUAUAAAAAUAUUACAAAAGCACCCUCCGCAGUCAGUGUUUGAUGUGUGUGAGAAACAAUAAGAAGAGAGAGAGAGAGGAGUUUGACAGUUUUGUGAAAGUAAUAAAAAUUAAAUAAUAAUAUAAACAGAAGAUCAGUAAACUUUUAAAAUGAAGUGAGAGAAAGAAGCACAGGCGAUGAUGUUAAAUUGAAAUUGAGGACAAUGAAGAAGCAGUUGAAGAAUGUGUUGUCUAAAAACACAAAAGCAGAAAGAUGAAGAAGGAGCACAUAUGAAAGGAACUGGAGUUAUAAGAUAUUUUUAACAGAACACAGAAAAACCCACCCUAAUAAGGUUUUUUUUAAUAGUCAUUUAGAAAUUUGCCACCAAACUGUUGUAGACCAGUUCAAAUUGUAAAAGCAAAAAUACUAAAGUAAUCAAAGUGUAGUAUUGUAAGUUUCUUCUUUUCUUUGUAUUCAGGUGUGUCCUACAAAAAGGCAUUUUUAACAUUAUCACUACUAUUCACAAAUGUAUUUUAACGACUAAGAAAGUAAAAGAAAAAAAAAAAAAACAGUUCUGACAAAAAGGCAAUGAAACAAAGAAAUACAUUAAACUUAAAUUAGUUCAUAUUUUAGUAGUCAUUAUAUUUAUACAUUUAUUUAAGAAAUCAAUUCUAGUAUUUUCUCGUUUCAUAAUGAUGAAUGAAUUCAUAACAAAACAAAAAACAUCAAGAAAGCAUAUUUGCACGUAUAUAUUUUACGUGUUUUCCAAUUAAAAGAUUUUUCUCUAACA